AUACAUCUACAAAAGAUCCAUCAUUUUAUGCCUCUUUACGUUCAUCUUCAAUAACAUCUAAUGAUUUAGCAACAAUUAAUUCAAACCAAGAAAUAAAUUACCAAGAUAAAAAUCUAUCUCUUAAUGAACUUGUUGUAGAAGAUAUUGUUGCU